GUUUUGCUCUUCUCGACCCCCCUGCACCCGAGAGAAAAAAAAAAGGGGAACCCAGCCAUGCCUUUGAGAAACCGGAAGCUUCCGGAUCUGCUCUGCUCUUCCCUCUGCUGUCCGCCGGCUGCUCUUGUUGUGGGCCGUGAGUUUCUCCCCAAAUUGCUGCCGGCUUCUCCCUCACCAGCCAAGCCCGGUUUUGCUUGCUGGAAAAUUCUGAUGUCCGAUCAUGUGGAAAGUGAUGGAAAUAGCAUUGUGAUUAGGAAUGAUCCUAAUGAUGAGUUUACCUUGAAUUUGUGAUAGUCCGGUAUUAAUUCUGAGGUGUUUUGAUUAGGUUCCCGAUCGUUCUGUCAGUUAGUACGUGAAUUGAGUGCUCGGUUUUAUGCAAGUGAGGUAAGUAAAUUUAUGGUAGCGUCCGUACUGUUUUAAAAGCAUGUUUUGAUUUGUUUUUGAAGUGGUGGCGGGACUAAACCCGUUUUACACAAGUAUGACUGAUUUGAAGUGAAAUGUUUUGUGCUUUUCAUGAAAUUGAGCAUGCCUACUUGAAAUUUAAGUGACUGUCCUGAUGAUUUGAAAGUGAUUGUGAAUCGUGAUUUUUCUGUUAACUUCUGCCUGUUUUGUUAUCCUGUUGCCCGCUAGUGGGAGGUCAAAUGCUAGCACAUGUCGACAUGUUCCUGAUAGAACCGGUUCAUUCCUGUAAUCCUGCUAGUGGGAGUUAAACACUAGCAAUUCCUGUUGCCUGCCAGUGGGAGGUUUAAACACUGGCCAUGACCUAUAGAAGAGACGUCUAUUUCGUUCCUGCACUGUAUCCGUUUUUCGUGAUUGUACUUGUUGGCAUGCUAUAAGUUUAAUAA